AUAGAGCAUAUAUAAGCGAAUUAUAAUGUAAGAACUACACUAUUGUCAGUGAUUAGUAAAAUGCGUGUUAUUGCUCUGUUGGCUCUCUGCUUAGCGGCUGUGGCAGCCGUCCCCAAAAAUCCCCAGAGGAUUGUGGGGGGCUCUGUCACCACUAUCGGCCAGUACCCAUCUAUGGCUUCCCUCCUCUUCUCUUGGGGUACAACUGGCCACAGGCAGUCCUGCGGAGGCACCAUCCUUAACAACCGAAGCAUCCUUACUGCUGCCCACUGCACCGUCGGUGACGCUCCUGCCAGGUGGCAAGUUCGUGUAGGUUCCACCAACGCCAACAGCGGUGGUUCAGUUCACGCCACUCAGCAGAUCAUCAACCACCCCAACUACAGCGGAUGGACACUCGACAAUGACGUUGCCAUCAUUCGCGUUUCUUCCACAUUCUCCUUCAACAACAACGUCGCUUCUGCUUCCAUCGCCGGCUCCAACUACAACCUUGGUGACAACCAGGUCGUCUGGGCUACUGGAUGGGGAACCACUUCUCCUGGUGGAUCUCUCUCUGAACAGCUCCGUCACGUGCAAAUCUGGACCGUUAACCAAGCUACUUGCAGAACUCGCUACCAAACUCUUGGCAGGACCGUCACUGACAACAUGUUGUGCUCCGGCUGGCUCGACCAAGGCGGUCGCGACCAGUGCCAGGGAGACUCCGGCGGUCCUCUCUACCACAACGGUGUCGUUGUUGGUGUCUGCUCAUGGGGUCAAUCAUGCGCUCUUGCUUUCUACCCAGGUGUUAACGCUCGCGUUUCUAGAUACGCAUCUUGGAUUCAGAGCAAUGCUUAAGUGUUUUAAGAAACUGUUAUUUAAAACAACCAAUAAAAAUAUGAUUUAAGAUGAAA